CAAUUACAGAAUCGACUGUGUGCGACUGUGUGUGAUUCGCAUUCGCUUGCGUCGUUCGUUGUUGGAAUAUUGUAUCUACUAUUUCAGUAAAUCGUUUUUGUGCAGUUCUUUGUUUAAUUUAAUCCUAAAAUUUUAAGCCAGUUAAUCAACACUAAUUACUUCUGUUGAAAACACUGACUACAAAAUGCAGAUCUUCGUUAAGACCUUAACGGGUAAAACCAUUACAUUAGAAGUCGAACCAUCGGAUACCAUCGAAAAUGUAAAAGCAAAAAUUCAAGAUAAAGAAGGUAUUCCCCCAGAUCAGCAACGACUGAUCUUUGCUGGAAAGCAAUUAGAAGAUGGUCGCACUCUGUCUGACUACAAUAUUCAAAAGGAAUCUACUCUUCACUUGGUAUUGCGUCUCCGUGGUGGCAUGCAGAUCUUUGUUAAAACACUCACGGGUAAAACUAUCACUUUAGAAGUGGAACCUUCGGACACAAUUGAAAAUGUCAAGGCCAAGAUUCAAGACAAAGAGGGCAUCCCUCCCGACCAGCAGCGUUUGAUCUUUGCUGGUAAACAACUGGAAGAUGGCCGCACCCUAUCCGACUAUAACAUCCAGAAGGAAUCCACUCUUCACCUUGUCCUCCGUCUACGUGGUGGCAUGCAGAUCUUUGUAAAGACACUUACUGGCAAAACUAUCACUUUAGAGGUGGAAGCCUCUGAUACAAUUGAAAAUGUCAAGGCCAAGAUUCAAGACAAGGAGGGCAUCCCUCCAGACCAGCAGCGUUUGAUCUUUGCUGGUAAACAGUUGGAGGAUGGCCGCACACUCUCAGACUAUAACAUCCAGAAAGAAUCCACCCUCCACCUUGUAUUGCGUCUUCGUGGUGGCAUGCAAAUCUUUGUAAAAACACUUACGGGUAAAACAAUUACUUUGGAAGUUGAACCUUCUGACACAAUUGAAAAUGUGAAGGCAAAGAUUCAAGACAAAGAAGGCAUUCCUCCCGACCAGCAGCGUUUGAUCUUUGCUGGUAAACAGCUGGAAGAUGGCCGUACACUGUCUGACUACAAUAUUCAGAAAGAAUCCACCCUUCACCUUGUCCUCCGUCUUCGUGGUGGCAUGCAGAUUUUCGUGAAAACACUGACUGGAAAAACUAUUACUCUCGAAGUCGAACCCUCUGACACAAUAGAAAAUGUCAAGACCAAGAUUCAAGAUAAAGAGGGCAUUCCACCAGACCAACAGCGUUUGAUCUUUGCUGGUAAACAGUUGGAUGAUGGCCGUACUUUAUCUGAUUAUAAUAUUCAGAAGGAGUCCACCCUUCACCUUGUACUCAGACUUCGUGGUGGCAUGCAAAUUUUUGUGAAAACACUUACAGGCAAAACUAUUACUCUUGAAGUAGAGCCAUCUGAUACCAUUGAGAAUGUUAAGGCUAAGAUUCAAGACAAGGAGGGCAUACCUCCAGAUCAGCAGCGUUUAAUUUUUGCUGGUAAACAGUUAGAGGAUGGACGUACUCUCUCUGAUUACAAUAUUCAAAAAGAGUCCACAUUGCAUUUAGUCUUGCGUUUACGAGGCGGUAUGCAGAUCUUUGUUAAAACUUUGACUGGAAAAACUAUAACAUUGGAAGUUGAACCAUCUGACACUAUAGAAAAUGUAAAGGCUAAAAUCCAAGACAAGGAGGGAAUUCCUCCUGACCAACAGCGACUUAUUUUCGCUGGUAAACAGCUUGAAGACGGACGCACUCUUUCUGAUUAUAACAUACAAAAAGAAUCUACUUUGCACUUGGUGCUGCGUCUCCGUGGUGGAUAUUGAUUAUUUACUUGCAAAUCAAUAUUCAUAAAAUAUAAUUAAACUAUUCGCUAUUUGAAAUUUCCAUUGUAGUCAUUCCUUUGCUAUAUUAUGCUAAAUGAAUAUUAUUUAAUGUAAUCUCGUGGUCAUUAAAUAUACUAUUCUGCUUUAA